AUGGUCCGGUUACCGCUCCCGCAGCGACUGAGCUCGCACCUGUCCACACGAAGCGCGAGUUCAACACCCGGCCAGAGUAGGAGUACAAGUCCCAUGAGAUCCCCGACAGAACCAAAACCUUUAUUACUCAAAGUCACCGUCAUCAGGGGACGAAACCUUGCUGCGAAAGAUCGAGGUGGUACGAGUGAUCCGUAUCUCGUCGUCAAUUUAGGAGAAGGACGCCAGUCUACACCGACAAUAUUUAAAACGUUAAACCCGGAAUGGAACGUGUCGUUUGAGAUGCCCGUUAGGGGCGUCCCACUGCUGGAAUGUAUUUGCUGGGAUCAUGACCGCUUUGGCAAGGACUACCUGGGUGAAUUCGAUAUCGCACUGGAGGAUAUAUUUUCGGAUGGACAAAUCAAAAAAGAGCCCACAUGGUACACCCUAAAGUCAAAACGAGUCUCAAGUCGCAAGAGCAAGAAGAAAAGCAAAAAGGACAGUAAUGUCUCCGGGGAGAUCUUGAUGCAGUUCUCACUGGCUGAUUCUGCGAACCCCUCCGCUUCCUCAUCGGAUACAUACCGCAAGUUUAAAAAGGCCGUCUGUGCGGGCGACGAGGACGAUGCGAUUGAGAUACCGGCGGCCGAUUUCGAUGACCUUGACCGUGAUGAAGAGACUUCCGAUGAGACUGAUGAUCCUACAAAGCCUGAGGUUGUUGAAAAACGCCGACGACGGCUUCGCUUGGCUCGUUUGAGGAAGAAGUCUCUUGCUGCGAGAGCUUAUCAAUUCUCCGGUGCAGGAACGGGUGUGCAAGGCAUUGUCUUUAUGGAAAUCAUGAGGGUGACAGAUCUUCCCCCAGAGAAAAACGUGACACGAACAUCAUUUGAUAUGGACCCUUUUGUUGUGACCACCCUUGGCCGAAAAACACUCAGAACCCCCGUUAUUCGUCACAACCUGAACCCUAUAUACAACGAGAAAAUGGUCUUCCAAGUGAUGCGACACGAACAAUCAUACAAGUUUGGCUUUACGGUAAUGGACCGAGACAAGUUCUCCGGUAAUGAUUUUGUUGCCUCUGCAAGUUUCCCUUUGCAGGCUCUUAUUCAAGCCGCCCCAGAAGCAGACCCUGAGACGGGUUUGUAUCAAUUCGUUGAGUCUGUAGAAAAAGAAAUUGUGCCACCAGCCAAGCCUAAUUCUCGGAUCACCUCUUCGGCCUCAUCAUCCAGUCUUUCCAAAAUGUCACGACCCACCUUGAAGUCGCGUGACUCUGCUACAUCGCUUUCCAGUAACUCUGUACUGGAGAUGGUCAAUAGGGCUGGAGCUACCUCUGUCCCAGAAGAAACUGCAUCCCAGACUGACAGCAGCACUACACUGCAAGUACCUCUGGUAUCAUCGACAGUCCCGGUAAACCCGGUCCCCUUUGAUAUUCCUCCUGCUGAUGAGGAGGGUCUGCGUCCUUAUACUAUUCCUCUAACCCUCAAGAACCGGGAUCGCUGGGAAGCUAAGCAUAACCCUGAAUUAUUUGUUAAAGCCAAGUACUUGCCCUAUAGCGCUCUCCGACAACAGUUCUGGAGACUCAUGUUAAAGCAAUACGAUGCUGAUGACAACGAUCGCAUCGAUAAGGUUGAGCUGACCACAAUGCUUGACACCCUGGGUUCAACACUCAAAGAAUCGACUAUCUCCAGCUUCUUCAAAGGAGCCAGCAAUGAAACCGACGAAGUCGCCGACUUGACCUUUGAUCAGGCCGUAGUUUCCCUCGAGGACACGCUCCAAAAAUUACAAAAGAAAAACGCCGCCGCGGUCCCCCGAAGACCCCUCGGUCCAUCAUCCGUCGGCAGUCAAGACAGUGAGGCGCCAUCCAGCGGCGACGAGCUCGCUUUAGAACCCAGCACCGUCAAUCAAUACAAUGCUAACACGACUUCAACAGCGGUGCCGACUAUCUCGAGUGAGGAGCAGGAACAGACUAGUUCGAACGAUGAAGGAAUCCAGGCCGACGACCUUGCAGACGAGAGAGGUGAGGAGCAUGUUAUUGAAAUCCGUGAAUGUCCCUUGUGCCAUCAGCCACGAUUUGCCAAACGAUCAGAUGCCGAUAUUAUUACCCACAUCGCCACUUGUGCUAGUCGUGACUGGCGACAGGUUGAUAACCUCGUUAUGGGUGGAUUUGUAACUGCGAGUCAGGCCCAGAGGAAAUGGUAUUCCAAGGUUAUCACUAAACUCUCAUACGGUGGUUAUAAGUUGGGAGCCAAUUCGGCCAAUAUUCUUGUGCAGGAUCGAAUUACUGGUCAUAUUAAUGAGGAGCGCAUGAGUGUCUAUGUUCGUCUUGGAAUUCGACUGCUCUAUAAGGGUCUCAAAAGCAAGGAGAUGGAGAAGAAACGAAUUCGUCGCAUUCUCCGCUCCUUGAGUAUAAAACAGGGUAACAAGUACGAUGACCCAGCUUCUACAAGUCAAAUCCAGGACUUCAUCAACUUCCACCAGCUAGACAUGUCCGAAGUUCUUCUCCCCAUUGAGAAAUUCCGAAACUUCAACGAGUUCUUCUACCGUGCACUCAAACCCGAGGCUCGACCAUGCUCAGCUCCCGACGAUCCCAGAGUCGUCGUCUCACCAGCCGACUGCCGUUCAGUGGUCUUUGAUCAAAUCACUGAAGCCACCGGUAUCUGGGUGAAGGGCCGUGAAUUCUCCAUCGCGAGACUUCUCGGAAACGCCUACCCAGAAGACGCAGCAAGAUACCAAAAUGGCGCUCUAGGUGUAUUCCGAUUGGCUCCUCAGGAUUACCAUCGAUUCCAUAUCCCUGUUGAUGGAAUUGUUGGCGAGCCCAAGACUAUUGAAGGUGAAUAUUAUACGGUUAAUCCGAUGGCCGUUCGCUCGGCACUGGAUGUUUAUGGUGAAAAUGUUCGAAUCCUCGUUCCCAUUGACUCUGUGUCUCAUGGGCGUGUUAUGGUUGUUUGUGUUGGUGCCAUGAUGGUUGGUAGUACGGUUAUUACACGCAAGGCCGGUGAGAAGGUUAGCCGGGCUGAAGAGCUUGGAUACUUCAAGUUCGGUGGUAGUACACUUCUUGUAUUGUUUGAGGAAGGAGUUAUCAAUUUUGAUAGUGAUUUGGUGGAUAACUCGAAGGGACCUUUGGAGACACUGAUCCGAGUUGGCAUGUCUGUCGGUCACAGUCCGGAUAUCCCUCAACAUGAACCGGAUAUGCCUAAGAAAGCAGAAAAUAUUACUGCUGAGGAGAUGCAAGAAGCCAGACGUCGUAUUGGUGGUAGUACACAACCACCUCCAGACAGUAUGGACACGUUGCCGACAGUUGAAGAUGCCAUUGAAACAGAAGCAUACUAA